ACGGACCAAACAAACGCGCUGCGCUUUAAAAGAAGUUAAGGCGCGUUUCAAGAUAAAACAGGAAAAACUCUGUUCAUUUUCAUCUCAGCUUCAAAAUGAAGUUUCGAGGGAAAAUCAUUGACAUCGCCUGUCUGAACCAUUUCACCCGAGUCAUCACCACCAUCUCAAAGCUGACGAAGACGUGCGUCCUGCGUUUGACUCCGGACCACCUGUACUUCGUCUUAUCUGGUAAAGUGGCAAACGGAGGCGUCAGUAUGUGGUGUGAACUGUCCCAGGUUAACUUCUUUGAUGAGUACCAGAUGGAGGGCGUAUCCUCUGAGGACAAUGAGAUCUGUCUAGAGGUGACUCCAGAGAACCUGUCCCGGGCUCUGAAGACGGUCCAGAACGCCAAAGCCGUCAAAGUCAAACUGACUAAGAAACACUGUCCGUGCCUGACGGUGGCGGCUGAGCUGCCCACUCUGUCCAGCGUCAGCAGAGUCGUCACUCACGACGUCCCCGUGGACGUGAUCCCACGAAGACUGUGGAACGAGUUUAAGGAACCCGACAUGCCGGACUUCGACGUCAGCAUUUAUCUGCCUCCUCUGAAGACCAUGAAGAAUGUUGUGGACCGAAUGAAGAACCUGUCCAACUUCCUGGUGAUGGAGGCCAACCUGAGCGGAGAGAUGAACCUGAAGAUCGACACAGACCUGGUUUCAGUCACCACUCACUUCAGGGACCUGGGGAAUCCUCCGUGGGGUGAAGACUCCUCCCAGGACGGUGGUCCGUCUCAGAGCCGUGACCCCGAGGCCAUGGCCGAGGCCCGGGUCGACAUCAGGAAACUGCAGCAGUUCCUCAUGGGACAGCAGGUCAAUCCCAGUAAAGCCAUGUGCAAUAUUGUCCACCACGGCGUCGUCCACCUCAUUCUUCUGCAUGAAGACGUCUCUCUGCAGUAUUUCAUUCCCGCCGUGGCCUAGAUGUUCCCAUCUGACCCGGUUCAGGUGUCAGACCUCUGGGGAGUCUGUCCCAGACGCUUUCAGGAGGACUUUACUCACAAUCCUCUGGGUGUAUUCCAGACCUGCUGGUAAAUGCACAUGGACUAGAGGGAAAGUGAGACAACACUUUGCACUUUGUCUGUUGUGUUGAAC